AGUAGGUGUCCAUUAGGCGCCACAACAUAUGUUGCUUUCCUGAGUUUAGUUCCAUGGACGCUUUAAGAGCUACAUUGGAUAGUACUGAUGGUCAAGUGGCUACUGUUAGUCGAACUAGUUCACCACCUCCUUUGGAUCUUCUCAGUCCUCCUCCCGUUGUUGCUGAAUAUUGGUGUCAUACGCAAGUGCGUGUAACGAAGAUGAAAUACGUUUGGACGAUAAGCAAUUUUAGCUUUUGUCGCGAAGAGAUGGGAGAGGUUGUAAAGAGCUCAUUUUUUUCUUGUGGCCCUAAUGAUAAGUUGAAAUGGUGUCUUAGAAUAAAUCCAAAGGGCUUAGAUGAAGAAAGCAGAGAAUAUUUAUCACUGUAUCUUUUACUGGUUAAUUGUGGAACUAAAAGCGAGGCCAGAGCAAAGUUUAAAUUUUCUAUCCUGAAUGCAAAGCGCGAGGAAACAAAAGCAAUGGAAAGUCAACGCGCUUAUAGGUUUGUGCAAGGCAAGGAUUGGGGUUUCAAGAAGUUUAUUCGUCGAGAUGUUCUCAUGGAUGAAGCCAAUGGUCUUUUACCAAAUGACCGCUUGACGAUUUUAUGCGAGGUUUCAGUCGUGGGCGAGAUUCUUUCGGAAAGUGGACAGGUUAACAAUCAGCCUAUCACCGUUCCAGAAUGCAAUUUACAUGAAGAUAUUGGAAGCUUGUUAUUUAAACAACUGCUGACUGACGUUACUUUAGUUGUUGUUUCUAAUAAUCCACCAAAUGGGAAAUGUUUAAGUGAUUGUUCUAUAUCUCAUGUACACCAACAUUCUUGUACCUCAGGUCAUACUUUACCCGGUUUCAGUUCUGUAAAUGAACAAGUAACUAAAUUCUCAGCUUACGAAUCAACAGGCGAAGAAGAUGAAGAUGAAUUAGAUGAAGGUGAGGAAUUUGAUGAUGAAGAUGACGAUGACGAAGAUGAAGAUGAACAACAAGAGAAUGAGAGUGAACGUGAAGAGGAUACACAAUCCAGUUAUAGAGAAUCACAGUUAACUUUCCUGGUUGAAGAUGGGAUUCAUUUAGCUUCUAAUGGUAAUAAUAAUAAUAACGAACAAGGUGAAGCAGAAGCAGCUACAGCAAGUCAUCGAACUUUAGCCACCAGUGAUAAUCAUGCUUCCAGUACUUCAUCUUAUCCUAAUCAUCAACUAACACAUGUUAUGUCCUCAACACUGACUCCGGCCACAACAACGAAUGUACCAACUAAAGGUGUAAUAGUUCCUAUUGCUUCUGCUAAUCCUAGUCCAUUGUUAGUCCCAUGUACGGGUGGUGCUUCAGAUCCAUCCUCAGUAAAACAAUUUCCGUUAGAUAAUUCAAUUAACAAUGUUUCUAAUGGUGAUUGGCGUUCAGCCACAUCUUCCAGCUUUGUUUCUACUCAAGGGCACACAAAUCGUGACGACCAAGAAGUGAAAUCAAAUGGUAUUUGUGAUGUCAGUCAGAGGACUUCCGAUGGCACCUGGUCUUCGUCCAAAAAUGGUGUUCAUCGGUGCCGGAUGUCCGGUUCAGUGCCGUCCACAUCUUCUGCCUUGCCGACAACUACUGACUCUUCAUCAUCUUCCACUUCAAGCGUUAAGAUAAAACAAACUGCUGGACAUAACGCGGAUGUCGGAAGCAGUAGUACAACUACAAGUAGCACAACCAUUAGUCAAAGUAGCUCUCUUGUCAACACUGUAUCUACUCCUUUAUUUAAUUCGAAAGAGGAAUCUGAAGAUACUGAGGAGUCUGUUGAAGCCGAAACCUCUGGUACUUCUAGUCGUGUACGGCGUAGUACACGUAGAAGAAACACUACUUCAACUACCACAACUUCGAAUCGUCCACGCAACCGGAAUAGUCGGGAUUCAUCACUUUUGGCUACAGUUUCAAAGGCUGCUUCAACCACUUCAUCUCAUUCUAAUCUCGUCGCUACUCCAUCGAGCUCUACAGCGUGCUCGUUGGGUACAACAAACCAGACUGUGAAGUGUUCUAGCAUGGGUACCGGUAAUAGUAGUAGUUCAACAGUAAACGGAGCUUCAAGUUCCAGUGUUGUACUUCGCCAAUUCGAAGCACACAAAGCUAUUCUAGCCGCUCGAAGCCCAGUUUUUGCCGCGAUGUUUGGACACGGCAUGGAGGAGUCCAGAGCGAAUAGGGUGGAAAUCACGGACAUGGAGCCAGAUACCGUUGCAGAAGUUUUGCGAUACAUAUAUACGGGACAAGUUGUUGGUAUGAAUCGACUUGCUCACGAGUUAUUGGCUGCGGCUGACAAGUACCAAUUAGAACGAUUAAAAACAAUGUGUGAAGAGGCUCUUGUGGAAAGUCUUUCUGUAGAGAAUGCGUGUGAUAUAUUUGGACUUGCUGAUAUGCAUAAUGCAGAACAAUUGAAAGCACAUACGCUAGAAUUCAUAAUGCUCCAUGCUCAUGAUGUGUGCGAAACUGAAGGCUAUGAACAGCUGGUUCGACAUCGUCCACGUCUACUAAAUGAGUGCUUUCGAAGUUUAGCUUCACAACAACUCCCUCUUCGAUGUUGGGCUCGUAAACGUCCAAGGCAAUCAUAAAUUAUUAAAAAAGAAACAUUUUUAAAAGACCUAUCAAUAGCAUCCCCUGUGUAUUAAAAUUUCCCUUAUCCUGAACUCUAUGUUCUUUAUAAUUUUCCUUUUCUACAUAUUUUUCCUCUGUUUUCAAAUCAUUUAUCUUACAUAAAAGUAAUAAAAAAAAAAUAGGAACCUAUUAAUUACUUUUUGUGCUUUUCAAUAUUUUAUGGAUGACCUAAAAAUCUAAAGCAUUUUUUGUUCUUUGUUUCCUAAUUAGAAUUAUUUUGGUUCAGUUGGGUAUCUAGUUGCCGAUUAGUUUAAAUUUGUUACCUUCCUCUAACUUGUGCUUCUUGCUUAAUCUUUUCACAUUUUGUGCGUUGUUUGAUCAUUGUGCAGAGUAGUUCAAUUUUCUUGCUUUAUUAAAUUUCCAACGUUGAACACUUCACCUUUUUUUCUCUGCUAUGGUCAAGGUGCUUGUUUCACAUUGAUCUCAUUUGUUUAUAAAACAUUGUGAUUUAGUCUCACUUUUCUCUGUUCUUCUGUGUGAGAUUCAUAGUGUUAUCUCUCUUGUGGAAAUGUUAUUCUCAUCUUAAAUUUAUUGUAUGCGUAUAUCUUAUCAAUUUUUGCAUUAAUUAGCAAAAUACAUUUUAUUGUUAUUCCAAUAAUUAUUACUGCUACACUUUUCCCCGUUUAGGUUUUAAAGAAUCGAUGACAUGUUAUUUUAUUGUGAAAGUGUUCAUUAACGAAUUCAGCUAUUGUUUUACUGCCGCAUUCCUAGCCAUUCUUAUGAGGUAACCUAAUCCAUUGAUUUUCCUCAUAUGAUCUCAUAGUUUACUUUCAAUAAUUUGUUAUAUCAUGAGUCGAUUGAAGCUAGACCACCAUGGAAAACCUGGAAGCACUGGACGGCCGUUUCGUCCUAGUAUGGGACUCCUCAGCAGUGCGCAUCCACGAUCCCGCACCACGCGGGACUCGAACCCAGGACCUACUGGCUUCACGCGCGAGCACUUAACCACUAGACCACUGAGCCGGCAUCCAACGGUGAUUUCAACCUGUGAAAUUUCUAAAACUCUCCACAAAACCCAUUCUGAUAAUUUGUUAUAUCAUUGUUUCCAGUGCGAAAUCAACUAUGAAGUUGAAGUAACGAAGAAAGUGAGCUGUUCUGUGGACUUAUACUUCUAUGGAAGAAAUUUAUCUACUUGAAUCGAUGUCUUACCAAUUGCUUUAGCUGUAUACAUAGCAAAACCUCAUUCUCAAAUUUCGCAAAGAUGCUUAGUUGUUUUAUCAUUGUUAUGACCUUGAAUCGCUUUUACCCCGUCGAUACUUUGUUACGACUUGACCUUGAUCUGCCUAGUCUAGAUUAUGACUUUGGCGCGAUAGGCUGAGCGACUUAACCUUGAGUCUAGUACGCGUGAGUUCGAGAUGGGGUAGAAAGAGAACUAUUCUAGAAGCUGAUUGGUUGGCAAACACGCAAGUGAGAGAAGAACAAGACAGUUGGAACACUGAAUUCUGAAUUCGGAUUAGUACAAAAAUGUACAUGAAUAAAUAAGUGAAUAUCCUGACCACAACGUACAAUAAUUUGGAAAAAUACAAUUAUGCCCGAAACUGGGAGUUAGGGUAGAAAAUAAGAUGCAAAAUAUUAUGUUUAAAUUACAAUAGUUUCGGAACAGAAAAGGGGUAUGGCAAUGAAUGAUACAUCAAACGAAAGCUCAUGUUCUGUAGAAUACAUUAGGGACAAAAAUAAAUGUCAGCGUUUUACAAGCUUUGAAUAAAAUGAAAUAACGUCCCGAAAAAUAGCUUUUGUAGUUUG